CUUCAUGGAGAAAGAAUGAUAAAUCUUAGGGUCAAGAUUAAGAUAACUUCAGUAUAUAAAUCUAUAACGUUAAAAUCGAUACUCAAAUGCGAAAGUCUCAUCUUGUGGUUUUUUUGUCUCCACUGAACUUCUUCCUAGGUGUUCAUUAAUAAGAGGGCAGAUAAUGAAGAAGCUCAUAUUCUUCUCCUGGGUUCUUGCCCUAGGCCUGGCUAAACCAAACGGAUUUUACCAUCAAGAAUACAGCUACAAAAGCUCAUCAUCAUCUUUCAAAAACAACGAAUUACAACACAAAAACGAAGAUCAAGGAUUCUACACCAAAGACGGGGACCUAGAAGGAAGGGUAAAACCAAAAGUCAAUUCUCAAAGCCAACAUUCCGAAUAUACAAAUCCCAAACUGCUGAGUGGAUCUAGUGGUUAUCAAACAGCUGGUUAUACAGGAGCCAGCGGUGCCAAUUACGCAAGCUCAGACAGACUCUUUGGAGGUCUGAACGGAGGGCAAAGCGUUGAUGGUUACGCCUCCGCUGAUAGAGUAAUAGAUCUUUCAAACGGCUACAAUAGGGGCUACAGUACCAGUCAAGGCUAUGGUGCCAACCAAGGCUUUGGAACCUCUCACAACUAUGGAUCCUUGCACAACGGAUAUGGAGGAAGUAGCAGCAAAUAUGGCUACACCCAGGGAGGAAGUACCUAUGGUUACAUGCAACACGGGGGCUCCCAAUCCAACUUAGGUUCCUACACAACCAAUGCCAACUUGAACGCUAUGAUGCAGAGACUUCAAGAUGACAUGACCAGGCAACUAGAACACGCCAUAUACAAGCAAUACCAGACAUCAGGCUAUACAACUUCAGUCAGCAACAACCAAAUGAACGCAGAUAUAAGAAUUCUUGAAGAUGAACUGCGCAGAAACUUAACGCGACAACUGCAAGACAGCCUGAGAACUCAAUACGGUACAAGCACAUACCAGAUAAUCGAAGGGCAACCUUCAACAGUCCCCAACUAUUCCAACCAAGAACUAGCUGCACUAACCCGUCGUUUGGAAAACGAUCUAAUCGGCAAAUUGCACCAGAAUGUCCGCACCACCUACAACAAAGAAACUUCUAAUACGUACGUCUCUUCCAACACAUACAGACCGGUCGUAGUGUAUCCAGCUACUACCUCGAGACCAUACUACGAAAGGCCAAUACUAACAACGCCAGGUGCUAUCAGAUACAUCCCAGCCCAAACCAUUUACCAAGAAACACCAAGCAACAUCAGAUACACUCCAAUACCAAACCCAGAAUCUUUGACUCAAAUCGCUUCCAGGACCCAGAGCGAGGUCAAUUCUCACCUGGACACCGCCUUGCAGAACCUCUACUCGACCUACCUACAAACCGACUCACAGUCCUACUACACCGUGACAGAUUUCGACAACGAGGUCAAUCGCAUCAGAGACGAAAUCAUCAGGAACCUAACCUACAACAUGGACGAUCAAAUACGUAGGAACUACGGCCAGCAAAUAUUGAAGAACGAUUAUUACUACACCAUAUCGACUAACGGUGACAUAAGCACCCAAUACAACUACAACUCGCGAGACUAUGAAAACCUGAAGAAGCAGGUGCAGGAGAAUCUGCUGCGCAAGUUGAACCAAACGGUGAAUACUUACAGAGACCAGUACCAAAGACGCCAAUCGCAAUACAGGGAGAGUUCCAACGUAUACGUGGUGACUCACAGACCGGUAUACUACACUUCAGGCAAUCAAAUGUACGACUACUCCGAUCUGCAGAAGCAACUAUCUCAGCAAUUACAAAACGCGUUGAACACACGCAAGUACAGUCAAUCGUCUUCAUAUUCUACUUCGGCAUCUUACAACCCUCAAGCAUAUCAAACCUCCUUGGACGAGCUGAGUAGAGAGUUACAAAGGAACCUUACGGAACAACUCAGCAAUUACAGAGCUCAGGCGUCUUCUAGUUCAAGCAGCAGUUAUGGUUACAUGUCCGGAACAAGUGGUGGUAACGCAGACUUUGAAUCAAUGAAGAAUCAACUUCAGAAUCAAUUGAUGUCACAACUGCGUCAAGGGCUGCAGAAUCAACAUCGUUACAGCGCAAGCGCCUCCUACAGUGCUUCCAGCUCAUCUUCUGCCAACGCCAACUAUGGCAUGCACCAAGCAUACAGCAGUUACCCAUCCACAUGCUUGCAUGGGUGUAGACGCAAAAGAGAUACCUAUCUUCACAAAUUCGGUGAAGGAAGGCCUAGGCAUGGAGUUAAAAGUGUAAGAAAAUAUUUCUCCAGUCCGAGAUACUUCGGUACACCUGCUGAACUAAGUUACGGGACACAUCGUGGCAUGCAGUCUCAGCAUCAAUCGUCUUACAGUAGACACUUCCAGUUCACGGGAGAAGAUAAUUCACAAAUCCAACCAGACAAUGUAGGAACUUUCAACCAUGGUCAAGAUCAGCAGCAAACUGAGCAAUCUGAAGAUAACUUGCAACAAUUGGAACAAGAACCGAUUAAAUACACCAACCAGAAUGAAUUAACGCAACAACAAACAGAAGACACUGAACCCUUUCAAGGGUAUCACAAUCAUCUGAGAAGAAGGCCCGAUUCAAGUGGACACUUUGAAGAUCAAAAUGAUUCAAACCAACAGCUAGAAACUGAGACACCUUGUCCCCAUCACAUGCUGAAUCAGUACACACUAAGCCAUUCACACAAACAAGAGCAAGAAUUUGAGGGACAGUUGAGUUCGGGACAACAUUUAGAAGAUCAAAACUCAAUAGGGCAUUUAGAAAAACCACGACACCUUGGUCAAGAGCAAGAAAGUCAGUUGACUUUAGGCCAGGAACAACAAUCUGAACAAGAAACAAUGGGAAAUCUGCGAAGUCCUAAUCAAGAGGAUCAAGGUCAAUUGAGAGAAGAACAACAACCUGAAGGUCAACAAUUGGAAAGUGAGAACAUGAUAGGAAACUUGAACCAACCGAAAAAUAAGGAGCAAGUACUUGAGGGGCAGUUGAGAUUGGAGCCCCAAUUUUCAGGGCAGCAAGUAGAGGAUCAAAACCUGCAUGAACCAAAACAAAGUACUCCUACUUUCCAAGAGCAACAAACUGGAGACAACCAAGAUUCUACACAGCAAUUAGAAGUAGAUGGUAUUCAAAGAGCGGAGUCAGUUCGAGUACAACAAACUGAAGAAAUACCGACACAACAACUCGAAUUAGGAAGUAAGCCGAAUGCCCAAACAUCAGAUCAACAGGUGCAGGAACCUGAUGAUUUAAAUCAACAACUUGAACCAAGCGGUUUGAGAAAACCCAACAAUAGAGAUUAUGAACAACAACUUACAAAUUCAAACAUGAAUGAACAACCGAACAAUAGAGAUUAUGAACAACAACUCACGAAUGAACAACCCAACAGCAGAGAUUAUGAACAACAACUAACAAAUACAAACAUAAAUGAACAACCAAACAAUAAAGAUUAUGAACAACAACUAACGAAUGAACAACACAACAAUAGAGAUUAUGAACAACAACUAACAAAUACAAACAUAAAUGAACAAUCUUCAGAACAACCAAAACAUGACAACCUACCUGCGGCGCAGUUGAGAUUGGAGCCUCAAUCUUCAGGACAACAAGUAGAGGACCAAAACUUAGUAGUACUUCCAAAACUAAGAUUUCCUACUCUUCAACAACAACAAACUAGAGACAAUCAAGAUUCUACACAGCAGUUGGAAAUAGUAGAUAUUCAAAAACCAAAGUUAGUUCAAGUACAACAACAAGAAAUUCCAACACAACAACUUGAAUUAGUACAUAAUCCAAAAUCACAAAUAGUGCAAGGACCCAAUGAAUUAAAGCAACAACUCGAACCUAUUGGUUCACCAAAUCCAAAAAAUGGGGGCUAUGAGCAACAACAAUCAAAUGCGGAAAUAAUUGAACAAUCUCCAGAUCAGAAACUGACUGCUUCAGAACUAAUUCAGAAACCUCAGCGACAAACCGAAAUUGGAGAUGAUCAACAACAGAUAGAAACACAGCAGAUCGAAGAAAACCACCCUGAGCAACUUACAGAUUCUGAUCAACAGCUACAAAAUCAGGAAAAUAUGGAUCGAACUUUGGAACUAUCCAGAAGUACAAGAACAAAACCAGACACUGGCUCUCAAUUGGUAUUACUUCCUACAUCGCAACAUACCGACCAGCAAGUACAAAAACAAGUAAAAGAUGACUUAACACAACAAGAACAUCCAGUGAGCGAAUGCAAACGACAAAUAGUGAUAACAAAUGCUCCCACUCUAAAACAAGUUAGACCAACACUAUUAACAGAAGUUGAUCAGAAAUUGGAAACUACUGUUCAACCCAAUUGUUUACCUCAGCAAGAAGAGCAUCUGGCAGUUCAAAAAUCUGAAGAACCAGUACAAAAAUUAGAGGAACCUGAGCAAAAGUUAGUGAGAGGAGAUCAAAACCAACAGUUAACACGGCCUCAAACUCAUAUAUAUGCUGACCAAGAGGGACAACAAUUGGAGAAUUUCGCUCCAUUAGAAUCUACACGAGUAAGAAAGCUGGAACAAAAUCCCCACUUUCCAAGUCUUGGAGUAACCCAAAAAUCUGAGUUGUCUUCUAUUCCUCAGAAAGAAGCAGUUCAGCAAAACGUCACUCCGAAAAUAGAAAUAACUAAUAGUUUUCAACCAUCUAGAGAUUCUACAAGAACAUUCAGGCAGCAGUCUCAAUAUUCCAGUACAAGACAUAAUGUGAUCACCCAAGAAAGCCAUAGUGCAACUUAUCCCACCCAAGUAAGCCAUAUUAAACCUUAUCCCACCCAAGUAAGCCAUAGUGAACCUUAUCCCACCCAAGUAAGCCAUAGUGAAUCUUAUCCCACCCAAGUAAGUCAUAGUGAACCUUAUCCCACCCAAGUAAGUCAUAGAGAACUUUAUCCCACCCAAGUAAGCAAUAUUGAAUCUCAUCCCACUCGAGUAAGCCACAGAGAGCCUUAUCCCACCGAAUUACACAGUACUGGCUCUUACAGACAUGAAUCUAAUCAAAGGCCUUUCACCAAUGGUCACUCUGGAUAUUACCCUUCAUCCGGUAGUCAAGUUCAAGUAGACUCAUAUCAAAAUGCCUUGAAACAACAAGAUGCCUUGAUGGAUCUUUUAAAACAGAAAGUUCAAGAAGCUCAUGCUUCGGAACAGGGUUUGUACGGCAAAAGGACAAUAAAGAAAACUGUCUUCAUCAAUGGAAAAGCUGUGGACACACAAGAAAGUUCCCAAAUCAUUAAACCUGACGGAGAAGUUGUUGAACUCAGGGGAGAGUCACCUCUUGAAAAUAUUCCUUCAACAAACAUUUAUGGUGGAGAAGUUGGUAGUUAUUUGCCAAGUACAUAUAACUUGGACUCUCGAUCAACAGGUUAUUCUAGGAAUACAGUAGGAAGAACCUAUCAUCUAACAGGAAAUCCUUCAUCAUUUUCAGGACAAUCUCAAUGGUUUACAGAUGAUAAAAAUUCUGUUGAAAAUCCUCGAUCACAUUUUGGCACAAAUAUUUAUGGAACAAGUUUUCCUGAAAAUGCACAAUCUGAAUUUUCUGGUAAGGUAACUAGAAAAGUUGUGCACUUUGUGAAUGGAAAACCAGUAAGUGCAUCAGAGAAAGUUCAGGUACUCACACCCGAUGGUGAAGUAAUAGAGAGAAAACAUGAAUUAGGACCAGAAGAAUUAAAUUCCUUUUCUAAUGGGUUUUCAAGCAAUGAAUUUGGACAAAAUUACUUAAGUAAUCAGCAGUCUGAUUUUUCUAGGCAUACAAUCCGGAAUACUGCUCAUUAUGUCAACGGUGAAUUAGUUGAUUUCAGCUCAAAUGACCAGGAUAUGAGCCCACACAGACAAAUCAAUAUGGAACAUGGUUUUCCAGAUGUUGAGUCAACAGAAAGUUUCAAUCCAUUCGGAUAUCCAACUAGAAACAUCCACUCAAAUACAAAAACUGUAAGGCAUUAUGGAAUUGGGGGUUACUGAAUAAUUUUUAAUAAUUAGUAUUUAUCGUAAUUGGAUCAAAUAUCUAUAUGGUCUAUGGAAGAAUUUAUUUCAUCGAACCACAAUAUUUGUGUUCUGUAUUAUUAUCUCAAAUGACUGUAUUUUUAAUUUAUUCAAAUAAAAUUUCUAGAAUUCAAA